GAAAGAAAGAAGGGUGUGGACGCGCGGUCGAAGUUUGGCGACCGCGGAAAAGAAGUCGCCGCCGCCGUCGUAUUUUUUAGGUGACAUGAAGAUCUACUUUCCUCCAGUCGCGUAUUGAUCCGAAGACAUGGCGACGCUGAGCGGGUUGUGUGUGCUACUACUAGCGGCGCUGAGCCGAGCCGUGGCCGGAGAUAAUGUGACGCCGGUCUACUUCACGGAUGGCGACGUGCUAACGUUGAACGUCACGCGCUCCGAUACCAAGCCGAUCCAAAACAUCCUGUGGAAGUUUAACGGAAACCUGCUGGCCGAGAGGGUCCAGAACAAGGCCCCCCUGGAGCUGUUCGGCACCUUUAUUGGGCGCACCGACCUGAGCAUUGCGGACGCGCGCCUGGUCGUCCGCAACAUGUCUAAGGCGGACACGGGCGCGUAUUCGGUGGAGAUAAACAGCAAAGUGCACGCGCAGAGCUACGACGCGAAGUGGAUCAAGGUGCUCCGCCAGCCCGAGGUGGUGAUGCGACCGUUGACGUGCUCGCCGGUUUCGGAGAGUUGCACCCUGAGCUGUGAGGCGGACACCACAGAGGCGGGGCCCGUCACCCACAGCUGGAAGAUGGGAGUCAAUCAGUUGAAGGUGUCAACCAAGGACAUGCAAAUCAACAAGACUGACCAUGUCAAUGAUGAGACCAUCACCUGCCUGAUAUCUAACCCACUCGGUGAACAAGUUAGUGCACCCAUUAACAAUCCCUUCUAUGUGGCCCCAACCAAUAAUACUCCGGGGAUAGUGGUUCCUAUUCUGCUGGUCUUGUGUGUGGUUGUAGUUGUAGUUGUGGUUCUGGUUUUGUGGAAACGGAAGUUGGGUCCUUUCAAAAAUCGAGACGCCACCAAAACGGUCUCAACGACUCUGUCUCCUCUGGGGGGCGUUUCCGGUACGCCAUCCGAGGAACAUGGACUGACAGAGAAAGGCGUCAACGAAACUGCCUGAAGCUCCAGCAACAUGUCAAUUUGAAUGCACUUAUUGUAAGGCGCUUUGGAUAAAAGUGUCAACUGAAUUGAAUGUAAUGUACUUUUUAUUGCGUGCGCUUUUGCUCUUCAGAAAGUGUGUUUACUUUAUUGACAAACCAAUGAUGUUGGUUGGACAAGAGCAUAACGGUAUUAUCAUUGGCUGUCAUGUGAAAUACCUUUCAGCUUGAUGCUAAUGUUAGCAUUUCUGUAUGCAUAAAAAAAUACAGAUGAGAUCCUACAUGAACUAAACAAUACACUGUAUAUAUGUGUGUGUGUAUGUAUAUAUAUGUAUGUGUGUGUAUAUAUGUGGUAUAUUGGAUCGAGCACUCGGUGCUCGAUUGUAUUUGACUGUCACCACUACAGAGUUCGGUGAUAGUUUGUUCAUGCCUGGCAGUUGUGUGUGAUUAACCGGCGAGUAAAAGAUCUAACUUGUGCUGCA